AGUAGGCCACAUGCGGUGUGUGAUUACGCGGAAAACAAAGAGAAAAUAGAGGAAGACGGAUCAAUUAUCGUUGAAAUGCAAGCACCAGUCAUGCAAAGAAGAGAAAAGAAGGUUACCAAUGACCCACCAUUAUAUGACGCCCAGUUCGCCGUUUUCGUGGCUAGGAAUGCUAUCUAUUUGAUUGUAUCUAAUGGUGGUCAGCUGACUUCCACAGAUCUACUGGGUUUCAUGCACCAAAUUCCACAGCUUACGCAUCUUAACGUUGAAAAUUUAUUGAAAAUACUGAAAGCUUAUCCUAAUGUGUUUGAGCUGGAAGCCACAAGGAGGGGACCAUCUCAGACGAAUGUGGCUUUAGCUUUUGAGUUUGAGGUAUGCGACCAGCCGAGGAAAUGUGGUGGUUACCCAAUGUGUAGAUCCCUACAUGUUUGCAAAUAUUUCCUUCAAAAUAAAUGCAGGCAAGCCAAAGCACAGAAAUGUCCAUUUGGACAUGAUUUGCACUCUCAGCAUAAUUUGCGGAUUUUACAAGAGAAGUACAUGGACUACAUAGAUCCAGAAAAGCUGAAAGAAUGGAUACAGCAACAACACAACAGACGGUCUAGGACGUCUCGUCCGCCUCAGAUCUGCACCUUCUACAACACGGCAGGUGGAUGCAGUAAAAAAGACUCCUGUCAGUUUCUUCAUCUCUGUAGCUUCUUUGUAAAGGGAAGCUGUAAAUUUGGCACUAAAUGCACAAGAAGUCACGCACUGCGCGCCAAGCGGAAUAUGGAAGUGUUACGUGAACACGGGAUUGACACUCGCAAAAAUCAACAACAAAUCCUCGAUAUACUCUGUGAAAACAAGCCCCAGGACAUGCGUCAUGACCACGAAGAAAGCGAAAUGUCGGAUGAUGAAGAAUUUGAAGACUGUUACAGUGAUUCAGUUGGCAAGAAAAAUGAAAUGACGCCCGGAACCCCAUUUCUCGUUUCCGCAAAAUCCGAUCGCAUAACUUUGCAAUGGAAGAAUAUCUGCGGUUUAAGCUCGGACUUCGAAUAUCAAAUUCAGUAUAAAGAGGUUCCAGACGGACGAUGGUUAAUUCACGAGUCAGCAGUAUCCCAUGAUUCAUCCAGAGCGGUUAUAACCGGUUUAAAGUCGCGUACGUCCUACUGCUUCAAAGUUCGUAUUAUAAAUGCCAAAGAAGGAAAGGAAUACCCUUUCAGUCCAGAGAGUAAAACAUUUGAUACGCCAGAAUCACCUGGUCUUCAAAUGCAAUAUCGCUCAACUCUCGCUAAAUCUGGAAAUCCAAGUGUAUAUCGUCUUCCUACAAAUGAGGUUAGAGAUGCAAGAAAUGAAAAAGUCAAGUCCAAGAAACUCUCUUUAGGCUCCGGUAGAUUGUGUUUUCAUGAUAAAACAAUCAUGCUGGUUGGGGCAACCGGAAGUGGCAAAAGCACUCUCAUCGACGGUUUUGCGAAUUACUUGUUUGAAGUGAAUUGGGAAGACGAUUUCCGUUUUACUUUAGUUAACCUUGAAGAUGAAGAAAAAAGAAGACACAAAGAUCAAGCUGUAUCACAGACAGAAUGGAUCACAUGCUACAGUAUAUAUCCUGAUGUUGCAACCAAAUUAGACUACGCACUACAUAUUGUAGACACACCGGGGUUCGGGGACACCAGAGGAAUACAACGUGACAAAGAAAUAAUAGAACAGAUUCGAGAGAUGUUUCUGUUACCAGGAGAUAAAGGAAUGGCUUGUCUUGAUGCCGUAUGUUUUUUGGUAAAAGCCCCAGAUGCCCGACUAACGCCUUCGCAGAAGUAUAUACUAGAUGCCAUUCUGUCUUUGUUUGGAAAAGAUAUGGAAGAUAACAUUUGCAUCUGCAUUACAUUUGCCGAGGCACAAGAACCUCCAGUGCUGGCUUCGUUGGCAAAAUCUCGUCUGCCACACAAGUAUUAUUUCAAGUUUAAUAAUUCCGCAUUGUUUGCUGGAAACCAAGGUAAAGAUGAUCUUGCAUCUGGCUUUUGGAAAAUUGGAAUGAAUAGUUUUGACAGUUUCUUCGAACGUCUAGAUCGAAUGGAAACAAAAAGUUUGCAGAUGACAAAGGAAGUUCUGAAGACGAGACAAGAUCUCGAAAAUACUGUCCAUAAUCUGCAAAGCUUGAUCACAGCGGGAAUAGGAAGAAUCUCUGUACUGGAAGAAGAAAUGUAUAUAUUUAAAAAACACAAAAAACAAAUACAGGAAAACAAAGACUUUGUUUACGAGGUAACAGAACAAGUACAGGAGAAAGAAGAUAUAUCAGGGAAAGGACAGCACACUACAAACUGCUUGACCUGCAAUUACACCUGCCACGAAAAUUGUCUCAUUCCCGAUGAUUCUCGAAAAUCUAGUUGCAUAGCAAUGGACAAAUCCGGAAAGUGCAAACAAUGUCCAGGAAAUUGCCAGUGGCAAUCCCAUCACAACACCCCGUAUAUCAUACGAUGGGUUUCAAAGAAAGUAACAAAAACCUACCGUGAAAAGUUGCAGCUUUAUACAACAGCCAAAGAGCAGGUUAGCUCACAAACAGAAGUCUUGCAAAAAAUGGCAGAAAACGUCAAAAAACUAGAAAAAGGUAUUGUCCAACUUCUAAGCAAGGUAACCGAAUGUAACAACAAGCUGAAAGAAAUCGCUCUCAAUGAGAAUCCGAUGAAUACGGCAGAAUACAUUGAAUUAAUGAUAGAGGGUGAAAAGAGAGAGCGGAAAUCUGGCUAUAUGUCUCGUAUCAAAGUUUUAGAAGAGUGUAGACGCGAAGCAUUGAUUGGUCGCGAAGCAACCGACUUCUUAUAUAAAGCACAGCAAACUAGACACAGCGCCACGUCCAAAGGUGUCACAACUUCUGGAUCCGUUAUAUCCAGCAUGCACUCUCUGAUGAGACUUUCCUAGAAAUUUCCAUGUGCGUUCAUUAGUAUAGAAGUUUCUUGACAAGUCUAUGAAAAUAUGUGUAACAGUGUGAUUUUUACUGUUCAAAGAUAUGAAGAAAUAGCUCAUGAAUUGAAGCCAUAUGUUUUUGGGGGUUUUUUUUUGGCUAUAUUUGCCAAAUUAUCCGGUAGAUGGUUUGAGAAGAUCUUUGUUGUUGUUGUUAGGUAGUAAAUGAGAAAUUUUCCAAAAGUGUUCCGACUUCUGGAUGUGUUAUCUCUAGCAUGCUUUCUAUGAUGAAAUUUUCGCUAUUUCAAUUUGCGCUCACUAGGUUGGAUGUUUCCUAAAUGAUCCAUGAAAAUUUGCGCCCUAGUUUGCUUUUAACAGAGAUGUUGAAAACUAAUAGAAUUGUUUAGAAAUUGCAUCAAAAUGUUUUUUCUACUAUCUUUGUCAUAUUUAACAGUGAAAUAUUUAGUAUUAAGGAACUUUCAAUUGUU